AUGAUUGCCUGGGCAGGUUCCUGCAGGGCUCGGUGCGUGGUGAAGGCCUCGCCGUCAGGAUUUCGGUUCCUGGGGAGGAAUCGGUGUUCGGGGAAGGUUUCGGAGCCUGGGGCAGGCUCGGUCCCGGCAUUUCGGAGCCCGGCCCAGCCUCGUGCGCCGGCCGCUCCUCCCCGCAGGCCGCUCCCGGGCACCGAGCCCCGCUGCGGGCCCGGGGAGCGCCGAGCUGUGUGUCACAGCCCCCGUGUGUGUGUCUCUGCAGGGAUCCAGGUGCGCCACGACCAGCACAGCGGGUACAUGCACCACAAGUUCGCCAUCGUGGACCGCAGGAUGCUCAUCACAGGCUCCCUCAACUGGACCACGCAGGCCAUCCAGAGCAACCGGGAGAAUGUGCUGGUCGUGGAGGACGCCGAGUAUGUGAAGGCUUUCCAGGAGGAGUUCGAAAGGAUUUGGGAAGAGUACAAUCCUGCCAAUUACAGGUUUUUUUCCGAAAGGCACUAAAUGAUUGAGCUGCCUCACAGGGCCAGUGGAGCAUGGUAGCACCCACAGAUUUUAUUAUUAUGUAUAGACAUCAUUGUUUUGUCCAUCUGGGGGUAACUUUGGUAAAUGUCUCCAGAGAAGUGUUCUCUGCCCUAAAAUGGCACAGAUCCCUUGCCGUGGGUCAUUCCCGUGCUAGAGGGAAUGACACAGCUGUUUGCUUGUGAGUGUGACAGUGACAGAGCUGCAUCCAGAGGCAUUUAGACUUUGGGCAGGCUCGUUGCUGUGCCCUGGCCCAGACCACGUGUGUUCAUACAGUGCUGAGCCUGUGUUUCAGUGGUAAAAGGAACAUUUCCAGCUCGGGAUAUGGAAUGGAAUUGUAGCCAAUUCCAAAUGGAAUUGUAGCCCCAGGGCUCCUCUACACGGGUGAAGAAAGGAGAGAUAAGAGGGCUACAGCAGAGUUAAGAGUUUCUAUAGAUUAAGUGCCUCGGUUGCAUUUCUUGUUGGCAUUAAUUGUUGAAAGUUGGUAAAAGGAAAUUCGUGGGAAAUAGCAACAGUUUUUAAGUUUGGAUUGUGUACAUGUUUCUUUUGGUUAAAGGUUAGCAGAGCUCCGGUGUAAAAGCGUGAGCACAGAUGGUAAAGACACCUUCUCUUCCAUCAAGGAAGUGUAGGGAGGUCUGGAAGGAAGUGGGAGAAACGGUUCUUUGGGAUCAGGGUUUAUCUGGACAGCAGACGUGGCUGGAGCUGGGUCACCCACUUCAGGUGGCUCUGGAAACCCUGCUUCUUUCAGGUGCUGGGGCACCGUGUCAUGGUGUGCCCUCACUGGCAGCACCAGUGGGGACAGCGGCGGGAGGGAGGUGACAUCUCUGUCCCCACAGCUCAGGGUGGAACAAUGAUGUAAACCUAAGAAUUUCAAACUUGAAAUAGUGUCGAUGUAAGAAUUGUUUUAUACUGAGCAGCAAGUGCCUUAAUAUCUCUCAAAAUGAAAAAGAGGUUUUUAUAUUCUGUUACCAUUUUUGUUACCAGUAGUGCUGUGAUUGGCACUGUUAAAUAAACCUUUUUCACAGAAAA